GCAGCAUUAUUGCUUCUUUGGCCUCGUCGGCACUAGUCCGGCUAUUGUUGUGUGUCUUUCAGGGCAACGCUGACCCAUCAGCAGGCGGUGAUUUCUGGAUUUUUAACUGCUUUCUUUGGCUCUUACUCCGCCAUAUUACGCUCCCUUUGUCAACGGGCGGUGUGUUCUCGUUUGAAAGGAAUAUCAAGGAUCCCGGCGGAGGACUUUGGGUUGGUGAAGUAGUUAAUCGGUAUGGGACGGACGGAAGACUGAGAUUCAACGUUAGAGACUGCUUCUCUCGGCUGUUUCCACUUCUUUACAUCGUCGACGUGAAAUAAAAACGUGUAGUGAAAAAAAAAGAUCACAGGACGCAUGUAGCCGAAGUACAACACUGCAAAGGUCGCUUUUAAGGCUUGACGAUGGGUUGCGUCAGGAGUAAAGAGGACAAGGGGCCGGCGCUGAAGUACCGACCCGACAACUCCAAUGCCACGCAGAUCAAUGCCCACCUGGGCCACUACGGGCCUGACCCCACCCUGAUGGGUCAUUCACCAGCUAUGAAGACACACAACAACAGCUACAACAGUCAUGCCGCCGCCCUCACGCCAUUUGGUGGGGCGUCUUCAGUCAUGACGCCCUUUGGCGGGGCCUCCACCUCCUUCACCUCCGUGGCUGUGAGCAGUCCCUUCCCUGGUGUCAUCACAGGUGGCGUUACAUUUUUCGUAGCGCUGUACGACUAUGAGGCAAGGACGUCUGAUGAUCUGUCGUUCAAAAAAGGGGAUCGUUUCCAGAUUAUCAACAACACGGAAGGCGACUGGUGGGAGGCUCGCUCCAUCAACACCGGACAGAAAGGUUACAUUCCCAGUAACUACGUGGCUCCAGCCGACUCCAUACAGGCUGAAGAAUGGUACUUUGGUAAAAUGGGCCGCAAAGACGCUGAGCGUCUCUUAUUGCUUCCAGGGAACCAGCGGGGCACUUUCUUAGCACGAGAGAGCGAGACGACCAAAGGUGCCUACUCUCUGUCUAUCCGGGACUGGGAUGAGGUGAAGGGAGACAACGUCAAACACUACAAGAUCCGAAAGCUGGACAACGGUGGUUAUUACAUCACCACUCGGGCCCAGUUUGAGGCACUACAGAAGCUGGUGAAACACUACACAGAACAUGCAGAUGGUCUGUGCUACAGGCUGACAACUGUGUGCCCCACAGUGAAGCCUCAGACUCAGGGACUAGCUAAGGAUGCUUGGGAAAUCCCACGAGAGUCCCUCCGACUGGAGAUCAAACUUGGCCAGGGCUGCUUCGGAGAAGUCUGGAUGGGCACAUGGAAUGGCACUACUAAGGUGGCUAUUAAGACCCUGAAGCCAGGCACCAUGUCCCCAGAGGCCUUCCUGCAGGAGGCUCAGAUCAUGAAGAAACUCCGACACGACAAACUGGUGCCUCUCUAUGCCGUUGUGUCUGAGGAGCCCAUAUACAUUGUAACUGAAUUUAUGGGCAAAGGUAGUUUACUGGACUUCCUGAAGGAAGGAGAUGGUAGAUAUCUGAAGCUGCCCCAGCUGGUGGACAUGGCUGCACAGAUCGCAGAUGGCAUGGCCUUCAUUGAGAGGAUGAACUACAUCCACAGGGACCUGAGAGCUGCCAACAUCCUGGUGGCUGAUAACUUGGUGUGUAAGAUCGCCGACUUUGGCCUGGCUCGGCUCAUUGAGGACAACGAGUACACUGCCCGACAAGGAGCUAAAUUUCCCAUCAAGUGGACGGCCCCUGAAGCUGCUCUGUACGGCCGCUUCACUAUCAAAUCAGACGUCUGGUCGUUUGGUAUACUACUGACUGAACUGGUGACCAAGGGCAGAGUACCAUACCCAGGUAUGGUAAAUCGAGAGGUGCUUGAGCAGGUAGAACGUGGUUACCGCAUGCCCUGCCCCCAGGGCUGCCCCGAGUCCCUUCAUGAGAUGAUGAGGCACUGCUGGAAGAAGGAGCCAGACGAAAGGCCGACCUUUGAAUACAUCCAGUCCUUUUUGGAAGACUACUUCACAGCCACAGAGCCACAGUACCAGCCAGGAGACAACCUCUAGUCUGGUGGAUUUGGGGGCAAACUCUGGCGUUGUACAGAGGUACAUCAGAGGAGAGCCAAGCUUGGGGCAACCAAGAACUUCAACACAGGGAAAAGCCUUGAUGAGGCUGCAGAGAAAGAUGCAAACUAGUCCACAGCCACUGCGGUAUAUCUGUAUGUGCAAGAAGAAAAUGUUUUCUGAAAUAGAGGGUUGUCCCUUGCGUACCCGGAGAAUCAAUGUUUGGGAAAGUGUCCAACUGUGCAGAUUGGUGCUGGUACGUUAAGCUCGGGGAACCCUGCUAAUCAGAAUAAUCCACAUGGACUGGCUA